UAAAUAAAAGGCAACGAGCGAGGUGGGGGAAAAGGGCGAGGUGAUAGGGAGAGAAGGGGAGAGGGGAUCACGAGGUGUGCUCCCUCCUCCGCCCAACCCGACCCAACCAAAUCCCCGCCAGCGCCGCCCCACCUUUACCUCUGCUCCGGAGCUAAAAGGGAGGGAGAAGCUCGCUCCUCGGAUCGCGGGGUCACGGGACGCGCGCCGCGGGCGGGUGCUGGGCUGCUGGUGGGAGGGCUUGAUCGAGCGACCUCUGGGCUGCCUGGCGCCGGCGGGAGAGAGAGGCGGAGGCGCGUAGGGACUCGGGAGGGAGGCCAAGGGAAGGAUGGACCGGGCGGCGGUGACCGUGGGGCCCGGGAUGGACAUGCCGAUAAUGCACGACGGCGACCGCUACGAGCUCGUCCGCGACAUCGGCUCCGGCAACUUCGGCGUCGCGCGCCUCAUGCGCAACCGCGCGGACGGCCAGCUCGUCGCCGUCAAGUACAUCGAGCGAGGCGAGAAGAUUGACGAGAACGUGCAGCGCGAGAUCAUCAACCACCGCUCGCUGCGCCACCCCAACAUCAUCCGCUUCAAGGAGGUCAUCCUCACCCCGACGCACCUCGCCAUCGUCAUGGAGUAUGCCUCCGGCGGGGAGCUCUUCGAGCGCAUCUGCAACGCCGGCAGAUUCAGCGAGGACGAGGCGCGUUUCUUUUUCCAGCAACUAAUAUCAGGGGUCAGCUACUGCCAUUCCAUGCAAGUAUGUCAUCGAGACUUGAAGCUGGAGAACACCUUGUUGGAUGGGAGCACUGCCCCUCGCCUCAAGAUAUGCGAUUUUGGCUACUCAAAGUCGUCAGUUCUACAUUCUCAGCCAAAAUCUACAGUGGGAACUCCUGCAUACAUUGCUCCUGAGGUUCUUCUGAAGAAGGAAUACGAUGGAAAGGUUGCUGAUGUCUGGUCUUGCGGAGUAACCCUUUACGUGAUGCUGGUUGGUGCAUAUCCAUUUGAGGACCCAGAUGAGCCGAAGAAUUUCAGGAAGACAAUUCAGAGAAUAUUGGGUGUGCAGUACUCAAUUCCUGAUUAUGUCCACAUAUCUCCAGAGUGCCAAGAUCUUAUUUCUAGGAUUUUUGUUGCCAACCCAGCCACUAGGAUCACUAUCCCUGAGAUAAGAAACCAUCCAUGGUUCUUGAAGAACCUCCCAGCCGACCUAAUGGAUGACAGCACAAUGAGCAACCAGUAUGAGGAGCCAGAGCAACCAAUGCAGAGCAUGGAUGAGAUCAUGCAGAUACUGGCUGAGGCAACCAUACCAGCAGCUGGUUCCAGUGGAAUCAACCAAUUCUUGAACGACGGCCUUGACCUCGAUGACGACAUGGAGGACCUUGACUCAGAUGCUGAUCUCGACCUGGAAAGCAGUGGGGAGAUCGUGUAUGCAAUGUGAUGUCACCAAAUACUCAGCAACUAAGCAAUGUGUAUCAUCCCCUGCGCUGAGAUUGGUAUGUUGCGCUGUAGAUUACUGAGAUAAUCAGGGGGGCAAAAGGGAAUGUGAACCGAGGGUAGUAGUAUAGUGCAGGUUCUGUUGCUCAUGCUGCUCAUACCUGAUGCGGUGAUGCCUCUUUCAUCAUCCUGUUGUUUCGGCUGUUGUUUUGUGCACCUCAGUGUUGUACAACAGUUUAGCCUUUUGGAUGUGACUGUGUUGCUGCUGCUGUUCGAAUCUCAUCCAUCUGAGGACCCUUGUAUCUGCACGCACCAACUAAGGGACAGCGAUGUACUUGUAUUAUUUGAUCGUGUUUGUAUCAUAGUAUGUAUUUUGUUGUAGGCAAAUAAAGAGAUGCGACAAUUCGCCUGUUUUCUGUGGUCUGCGA